GUGUAUUUGUUCUACAGUGUUAACUCGAUAGCAUGCGUUGGGUAACCCCAAAGCUGUUGUCUCCUUUGAUGUACUUGGAAUACAAAUCAAAAGAACAGCUCCUCCUACCGCCGCCAGACGUCGUCGACGAAUCCCCUGCUUGGAAGACAUGGACGCCGCAGGGUUGGACUCGGAAGGGCGAGGGUUCGCGAGCGCGAGGGAGAUGUGGAGAGAAGAGAUCGGCAUCGGAGAGGAAGGGGAGGAAGCGGAGAACGGCGCCCCCUGCAAACGCCGUGACUGGUAUCAGAAAGGCAUCGCCUACUGGGAGGGAGUGGAGGCCUCUGUGGAUGGUGUCUUGGGAGGGUACGGGCACGUCGACGACGCCGACGUCAAGGGAAGCGAGGCCUUUCUUAAACCCCUCUUGCUCGACCGCUUUGGAAGCGGCGCACGCCAUCCUGUGGCUCUUGAUUGUGGUUCUGGCAUCGGAAGGGUCACCAAGAAUCUUCUUUUGAGAUAUUUUAAUGAGGUUGACCUUGUUGAGCCAGUAUCACAUUUUCUUGAAGCUGCUCGUGAGAAGUUAGCUACUGAUAAAGAUAAUUCUGAUCACAAAGCUAUCAAUUUUUAUUGUGUCCCUCUACAGGAAUUCACUCCAGAAGCUGGAAGAUAUGAUGUUAUAUGGAUCCAAUGGUGUAUAGGACAACUCACAGAUGAUGACUUUCUCUUGUUUUUCAAGAGAGCAAAGGUUGGCCUUAAACCAAAUGGAUUUUUUGUAGUGAAGGAGAACACUGCAAGAAGUGGAUUUGUGUUAGAUAAGGAGGACAACAGCAUCACAAGAUCCGAUUCAUACUUCAAAGAGCUUUUCAAGCAGUGUGGACUUCAUCUUUAUCGCACAAAGGAUCAGAAGGGAUUUCCUGAAGAGUUAUUUCCCGUUAAGAUGUAUGCGCUGGUAACUGAUAGGCGACAAGGUUCCAACAAUGGCAGAGGCAAGACUCGACAACACAAGCCUGCUGUCAUCAAGUCAUGAAAUCUCUCGAGGACCCGUCACCAAUACCUGGAUGCGAUCUCGCUCGUUUUUCUUUAGUUUUUGUCGUCUCUAAGAGAAUGGAUUACCUUUUCAUGUGUUGUCAUGUUGUAGAACAUCAUGGUUAUCAUCUCUAUCUUCUCACCAUGAUUUGUACUAAUACAAAAGAAGGCAUAAAGAACAUAGGGAAUUCAAGCCCAGAUGAUGACACCACUUCAGUCA